UGCUGUGGGUCCUUUAAAUCAAAAUCAAGUCUGUUCCUGGUUCGGCGUCAGCCUGUGCCACCCGGCGGCAGGUGCCACGCUGACACCAGAGCUUCAUCCUCGGAGCUUCAGGCACUGAUGGGGAGGGGCCGGGGCGGUGUCCUGCCGAGGACAGACCGCCAGAUGGGACACAGGACAUCCCUGGCCCACAGCCGUAGACACCAGGGCCAGCUGCCCCGGAAGUGGGCCCUUCCAGGAGUGCCCUCGUGGUGGACGGGUCCGUGUGUGAUGUUAGGCUUCUGAUCACCCCCGAGCACCUGUGUCUCCUCGUCCUGGGCACGCGGCCUCUGGUGUAGGCGCCACCACCCCUGGCGACAGCCGUGUCCCCGCAGCAGGAGUGCAAGGGGCCCCUGUGGGUCUCACAGGCUCUCAGAGCCUCUUCAUCGAUACCUGAAGCUCAGCACAGUGAAGGAGCUGCAGAAGGUCCCCCAGUCCGAGCGGCGCUUUAGAACGGGCGCUGCACGGUGAGCCCCAAGCAGCAUUUCCUGUUGCGUGUCAUUUCUGCAGAGUGGCACUUUCAGACACACUGGUAAGUCUGGGUUAAUCCCUGGCUUGGGCUGAGCUGUCACACAGGGUGUGUCUCACCCUGGGGCCGUCGUGGCAGCCUGGGUGUCACUGCAUUGCACCCAGCUGACACCUCAGGGUCUCAGCUUCUCCUUAGCGCUGUCCUUGUCAUCAUGGACUUAGUUAUGUAGCCGUACCGGGGAGCGAGCCCAGGCCUUCACACGGAGCUAAAUCCUCAGCCCUUUUUAAGCCCAGUGAGACUGGGUCUCUGCCUCGGCAGCUCGCCCAGCCGAGAGUCCCUCGGUUCCCCUGGGGCUGGCCCAGCCGUGAGGGGGGUGACAUGAUAGACAGCGGAAGCCCGGUGCUUCUGGAACAUCUGUGUGUUGUUCACACACAGGAAGGUAAAGCUGAGGUUUUUAAGGUUCUCCUUGACACUGAGUUGUUAUUUUGGGGGACGGCGCGGGCCACAUGGGAUGAUCAUGGGCUUCGAGUUGGCAGCAGUGGGCCGACACCUGUCCUGCUGGACGCAGCCCCACGGGCGAUCUUUUGUCCCCCGCCCCCCACAAUGUCUGGGUCCAGCAUGAUGAGAACAAGCCAGCAGCGCCUCCCGCAAAGCGUCAGCACUGGCGAGGAGCCGCCUUUCCACCUGGCUUCCUGACUUCCUGCUACACACCUCUCCACCUCCCUUGCGGUCCUGCCACCACUGCCCUCAAGACUGUCCCGCUCCAAGGCAUCACAAUGGCCACAGCCCCCCAGGCUCGGAGCUCUAUGACAUCACCAGUAGCCAGUGCCCUGAAGAGGACAGAGUCACCAUGCACGCACACUGCUCACCAUGCGGGUGCUAAGUGGGCUGCUGUUCUUGUCUCUGUACCUCUCCUACGGAGAUGCCUUCAUAUUCUCUCUGAGGGAGAAAGCCAAGGAGCCCCCGGAGAAGGUGCCCUGUGGGGCGCACUCCCGGGUUAGACCCAACUUCCCCAUGUAUGCGCACGGCUGGCUGGCGAACAAGUGGCUCUGGCUCUUCUUCGUUAUUGUGCUGUACAUGAUCCUGAAGUUUCGGGGGCACAGCGGGAAGACUAAGGCCAAGGAGCAGAAUCUUUCUGGGCUUCGAGGCAGUCCAUUUCGCUCUCCACUUAAGAAAAAACAACAUGGCUGCUCAAGCAAAAACCAUGCGUUUACUACCUUAACCAGCUUUGAGAAGGACCUUGUGCAAUUUCUGUCCAAAGUACGGAAUCUUAAAGCAGUCUUGACAACUGGCAAUAACACCCGGGUGCACAGCCCAGAGCUUCCCGUAGAUCCGCAGAACUGUGUCACGAUAUAUGAAGUAUGGGGAGAAAUGCCUGAAUGAAUGGAUUUGUGUGUCGGCAGGAGAGAAGACGUUGGGUGUCGACAGACAAUAUCCAAACUAAUAAAACUGUUCUGAAGAAAGGA